GUAACAACAAAAUCGUAGUUUGAUUCAUCUAGCCAACCACUCUAAAACACUUCACAUUGUAUCUUGGUUAAGAAGCUAUGAAGUCAAUGAAGCUUAAUUGGAUUGCUGGGGUGCUUACUUUUAUGCACUUGGUUCCUGCAAUUCUUUGUUGGGGACAACAUGGCCAUUAUGCAACUUGUAAAAUAGCCGAGGAAUUUCUUACUGAAGAUGCUAAGGCUGCAGUCAAAGGAUUGUUGCCUGAGUCGGCUAAAGGCGAACUAGCAGCUGUUUGUUCUUGGCCUGAUCUGUCUGAGAUUCGUAAAGGAUAUCCCUGGAGUUCUGCAUUACAUUAUACUAACACCCCAAAUUUUGUCUGCAAAUAUGAUUAUUGCCGAGACUGUCAUGAUUCUGCUAACCAAAAAAAUAGAUGUGUGAUUGGAGCAAUGUACAAUUACACCAUACAACUUGUGUCAGCUUACCAUAACUAUGGUGCUCAACAGAAAUAUAACUUAACAGAAGCUCUCAUGUUCUUGUCUCAUUUUUCUGGUGACAUUCAUCAGCCUCUACAUGUUGGCUUCGUCGGAGAUCAAGGUGGAAAUUUGAUUAAUGUCACUUGGUACAAUCAAAGCACUAACUUGCAUCAUGUAUGGGACACAGCAAUCAUUGAUUCUGGCUUGGAAAAAUUUUAUGAUUCAAAUCUGACAAUCAUGAUAGGAGCACUAUUAAGUAAUAUCACGGAUGACUGGUCCAAUGAGAUCAAAAUCUGGGAAAAAUGUAACCAUACAGUCUGUCCUAUUCCGUACGCAUCUGAGAGUAUCUCUUUGGCUUGUAAAUACGCGUACAAGAAUGCUACACCAGGAAGCCACUUGGAUGAUGAAUACUUUCUUUCGAGGCUGCCAAUCGUGGAGAAAAGGUUAGCUAAAGGUGGGAUUCGCUUAGCUGCUACGCUUAACCGGAUUUUUGAUGCCCAAGUCACAAUGGAGAAUCAUAAACUUAGUAUCUUGUAGCAGGAUUGGUGGUGAUAAUCAGUGAGAUGACUGUUCUGAGUGCCACAAAUAUUUUAACCAGCAUUAUGCAUUCAAAUUAAGCUUUGAUUACUGGAAGAUUGAAUGUGAUUUUGUGUAAAGAUACCUGAUUCAAUGCCAAUGCAUAUUGAUUCAAUUUAGAUUUUCAAAAGCAUAUAAGAAAAUACAGAUUCAAUACAUGAAUAUUAUUAACAAAAAAGUCAGAUUCAAUACAUAAUAUUGAAAACCAAAAAAAAAAAAUGGGCAGGAAGCUUUCUCAUAAUCUAUCAGAGCCAGGUUUCGAUCCUGGGACCUGUGGGUUAUGGGCCCACCACGCUUCCGCUGCGCCAC